AUGAUUUCAUAUGUGGAGUGUCUGGGCGGUGAGGGGGCGGGGCCUGGCGGGGCGUCGCACUGCUGGAACGGGGGUCCCGAUGACGAGCGGGACGAGCUUCUUCCACGCAAGAUGGUCGUCCUGCAGCCCAAGACGGAGGGCAGCCUGCGUCGUCGCCUCCUCAGCGCCAAAAUCCACCAACACCACGACGCCAUCUUGGGGCUGAAUGCAGGUGGUGCCGCUAGGCCUGGGAUGCCCUCAGGUGACAGAAAGCCCCUCCCACCUCACCUUCAGUAUCCAGGCAACAGCCCCUGGUACCGCCGCCAGCACCUCCCGCCACGACCCCACGUCCACCCUUCUCUUCCUCCGGAGGCUCACGGGAAACUUUUUCUCGCUCCUGAAGCUUACAGGAAGCCCAACACGCCACCCCCACCGCUCCAUCCGCCACGCUCCACCUGCCCGGUCCUCACCCAGCGGCGCAGAACCACGUCAGCGCCCCCCACCCCUGAGCCCCGCCCUUGCUACACCCUGCCCGCCCCCUCGCCUCUCAUCGGACCGCAUCCCCUCAGGGAGCCCGAGGUCCCGCCGCAGUACCGCUACCGGCCCAGCAGGAGGCGCAAGACCAGCUUCUUCUGCUUCAGACCCCGCCAAGGGAGGAGCUCCGGGCUGGAAGCCACACAAACCACGCCCCUUCUACGUAGAGCUUCAUCACCUGGCGACACACAUGAAGGACACACUCGUGUGCUGGCUCGCUGCCAACAUGGUGUGUGUGUGUGUGUGUGUGUGUGUGAGUGUGAAAUAAAGAAAGGGAGAGAGCGAGCGAGUGGCGAGUACAGACGGGAGAGCGAGGGGAGGAGACGCUGCAUUACUGCUGCUGCUCUGUCUGCUGCAGCCUCGGCGGUGUGUGUGUCCUGCUUGUGUGUGCGUGGCGUCGUCAUGGUUCUGAUCGGAGCGGCGAUCAAGUCCGUCCUCAGAUAUCUCAACAAGACCCGAGCCGGGGACGGGGACAGCAAGUGGUCUGUGCGCUACACUACCCAGAAGCCCCAGCAGGGUCUGCUCUUCAUCCCCGGGAAAAGACGGUCCGGCAGCGCAGAUGAUCUGCAAGGUCAGAGGUCAACGGGGAGGAACGGUGUGUCUAACAGGCUGACUCAGCAUGGUUACAGCCGACCCGGCAGCUCGCAGCCCCGCCCACCGAGUCCAUCCUCCUCUGGGCUCGACCAAUCAGAGGGCAGAACUACACGCCGGCGGUGGAAGGACAAAAGCAGGCGGAUGUCCUCAGCUUUCUCGGAUGAAGACGAGAAGUUUAUCUUGAACAACACGCGACCCCUGACCCCACUGGUCCUCAACCCGGUCCACCGCACCUCCUGUUGGGAUGUCUUUGCCCCCACCUACGAGCCAGCGGUCGAGGAUGAGAUGGAGCCGCCCCCCCGGCUUCCAACACCGGAGGAGAGGAUGAGGCAGCAGGCCGAGGCAGUCGCAGCUGACAUAGUCCCUAUCAAUAUAACAGGACAGAGUUUUGAUCGUCAGGCCAGUUUUCGAAGAGUGGCUUCCAACGCGGACUCGUUAUCCCGGCGCCCCCGGAACCUGAGCCGCUGCAAGAGAGUCACUGGGAUGUCCGAUGAUGUCAACCGGAAGCUUGACUCGCCUUUGGUCUCUUUGGUUCUUCCUGUUCAGUUCUCCGCCGUGAGUCCACCUGCCCACCAACAGAACAGUACAGGGCAGGAGGUGAAAGAAAAGGAGAGGGGAGAAGUCAGACAGGAGGGGCAGUCAUCAGUGAGGAGGAUCCGAGCUCCAAGAGGGGAGGGGAUGUCCAGCCUCAUGGCCUCCCUUACCUCCUCUCCUCCUGUCAAACCCUGUCACGACCACGCCAUCUCCUGCUGCUCAUCCCCCUCGGAGAUCCACAGCCUCCCCCGUCCGGGAACCAACUCGUCUCUGAACUCCGAGGCCAGCUGUAACAGCGCCUCCUACAGGACGCUCAGUGCCUCCUCAUCGUGCUGCCAGGAUCUACAGGGUUUCCCCAGUGACCUCCAGCCCCUGCUGCCCUUUGACCCCACUGCCAGAGUCAUCCCCCUGUCACCUUCCUCCUCAUCCUCUUCCUUUCCUUCCUCCCCGGUCUCCUCCUCCCUCCCUCGCACCCCAAGCCGUGCUCUAAAAUCAGAGUGGUCUUACCCCGGAGAUAAGUCCCUGAAUGAGGCUGCCCAACAUCCCAGUUCCCGUUCCUCCUCCCAAUACCUAUCCUCUUCUUCCAUCGCAGACUCAGAGUCUCAGUUUAGUUACCAGGAUACCCAAUGCUCCUACGAUGAGGAGGCAUGGAGCUACCGGCCCCUGUCCCGCAGCUCCAGCGUCCACAGCGGCAUCACCCAGGAGAUGAGGUGUCUUUCUGGGGAAGGUUGGAGCUGUGAUCCCCUGCUCUCCUCCGCUCGCUCUUCGCCCUCUCACACUGACAGCACCUCUCUGUGUUCAGAGAAAAUGACCUCCUCUCCCAGGCCAAUGCAGGAGAAAAGGAAGUCCAGCACUUCCUCCUCCUACUCGUCUUCCAUCACCCGCUGCAUCUCCCUCCGCAAGUCCAAGCGGCCGCCUCCUCCGCCAUUGCGCUCUGACUCCCUGAGGCGCCGUCCGGGUCGUAGCAAACCCUCCCGCUCCUCGUCCAGUCCCCGUGUGGAGCGGAGCCCCCUUCUGGAGCGUAAGCCCACCUCCUCUCCACAGGCCUUCGAUGACCCCUGGGUGCCCCGGAGCAACCUCAGAAGACGCCAGAGUGGGCUUAACUGUGGGACAGUCACAACCUUUGAACCCUUAAGCCCGGACUGCCAGGCGGAAAUCUCCUUUGACUAUCCUCCGUCCGAGCACGUGCCGCCAAGUCCCAGCCCCUCCCACGCCGUCGCCCCUGGGUCUCCAGGCUCAGAGGAGGAGGGGCUAAGAUUUACCCUAAACCCCCUUCCAGCUGGCUCUUCCGCGGCCGGGCUGCAGCGGCUCGCUUCGCCCUCUAGUGGCUACUCCAGCCAGUCUAACACCCCCACUCCAGGCACACCCGUGUCCUCACCCCUCACCCCCUCCUCUCCUCUCGCAGCAAGCCCUGAAGCCUUCCCUCUCCCCGCGACCUCCCCCUUCUCCUCUUUACGCUCCUCUUCUUUCCCUCUGUCCCCUGCUGUCUCCUGCCUGCCCGGGACGACGUCUCGGGGCGAAGGGAGGCCAAAGCCGCCGGUGCCGGAGAGGAAGUCAUCACUCUUUUCCUCCCUCUCCUCCUCAUUUUCCUCCACCUCCUCCCUCUCCUCCUGCACCUCCUCAGAAUCCUCUGCCAGGCAUCCACUUCUCCCUCCUCCUCCUCCUCUACCAGGAUCUUCCUCUCCUCUGCCUCCUGUCUUCUACUCCCCCAUUCACUCCUCCCCUCCUCCCGCUCCUCCCCUUCCUCAGUCCUGCCCCCCUGCUCCUUUAACCAAACUCUCUGCUGCUCCUUCUUCUUCACCUUCAUCUCUUCCUCCUCCCCCUCCCCCGCCUCCUCCACCUCCUCCUCCUCUACCACCUUCAUCCCUCCCCAUUCCUCCUCCUCUCCCGCCUUCAUCCCUCCCUCCUCCACCUCCUCUUCCUCCUUUCUGUCGGCCUCCUCCUCCCCCCUACUCCCACGCCGUCAGGCAGACCUCCUUUGUGUCCACCAUAACAUCGUCAACCAACUUCCCUCCUCCCCCAACCUCCCCACCACCUCCUCCAAUUCCUCCCUCUUCAGAAAUCCCAGAAUUCCCAUUCGCUGACCUCCCUCCUCCCCCCCACCACCACCUCUGCCUUCUCUCCCCGUAUCCUCUGCCACCUCCUCCCCCCCCCCAGGUGGCCACGCCCCCCGGCCUCCUGGUCACUGCCCAAGCUUUGCAGGGCGUCAAGCUUCGUUCUGUCAAGAACCAGGAAGGCCCGCCCCCUGACACCAUGCUAGCCAAUGCUGCAGCUGCUAAUGCUAACCAUGCUAAUACCAUCUACGCUUUACCGAGCAAAGAAGCUUAUGCAUACAAUGCUGCGUUGGCUAAUGCUAAUCUUGAUUGCCCGACUAGCGCUGAUGUUAAAGCAGUUAGGAAUGGAUUACAAAAUGAUCCAGGUAGCAAUGAGGCUAACACAACUAGCACAUUAAUGGGUAAUUCUAGCCUUUAUAGCCCAGCCAACGCUGAUGGGCCUGCAUGCAAGUCAGAUUAUGAUUACUAUAACCUAACAAAAAGUGAGGUGACGGCACCCGACGCUAAGUCAUCUUAUGCUAAUCUUCAGAGCCAGCGAGGCGUCGUUGCUGUUCCAGCUAACCAGAACAGCUCUGGGCCUAAGCUGACCGAUGGCGAAACUCCUCUAGACAUCCAGUACAAUGAACGAGAGAAGGAAGAUACUAAGAUGUAUGCUACACUGGCAAACAAUGAAGACUCCAGUCCUGACAAUCCCUGGGUCAAAAGGUCUUAUGAUUCUGACAAAAACCACAUCAACACAGUCAUCCAGCAACAGAUCACCGACAGUAAGCUGACUGAGCCUGCAGAGCAACAGGAUGUUAGGCACAAUGAUUCUGCAUACUGGACGCUCUCCGGAACAAAACGAGAGCCUCGAAGAAAGAACGGAACAAUACUGUCGGAGAGCAAAGAUGAAGUAGAGACAAAUGACGAGAGUAAUUCGGAAAUGUGGAAUCACGGUGCAGCUGAUGGAGAAUCUGCAGCACACAGUAACAGCGUCUGUAAGACAGGCAGCCCGAGGAAGCUCGGCUCCCCAGAGAAGCCGAUUCCCCCAAAGAAGCCUGAUCUUUGCAUUCUGGGUAGCUGGAAGAGCAGUGGACAAAUCACGGCGCCUUCCCUUGGGCUCAACGGCCAAUCAGAAUUUCCAUCUGAUUCCUUCCGCACACCUUUGCACACAACUCUGAGCCACUGUGCGCCUUCACCAAAGCUCUUGACGCGAACCACAGCGGACAAAACGGCAAUUCCUGACAAGUCAGUGAGCGAAACAACUUCACCUGCGCGCUCAGUGAAUGCUGCUGCUUCUUCGCCUGUAAACAUAACGCCCGCCGACGUCGCCCCGCUCUCGCCCGCCGACGUCGCCCCGCUCUCGCCCGCCGACGUCGCCCCGCUCUCGCCCGCCGACGUCGCUUCGCCCGCCAGCUCGCCUCACAGGCAGAAGCCACAGAUUUUGCACAAGAAGCCAGAUGUCUCACUGACGUCACCCAAAACAACCAAACCGCUCGUCGCAUCUAAAAGUACAGGGGAGGCAUCCAUAGGGACCAGGGGCCCCUUGGGGAACUGUGGCCCCUCGGGAGUCAUUGGUUUCGCAGAGACCCUGAGGAUCAAAGGGGCUCCCAAUAUCGAUGGAACCAUGAGUACUUCGGAGAGCUGUGGUACCUCAGACACAUGGGGGACUGUGGGGGCCUUUAGCACCUUAGAGAACUCGGGGGUCCGUGGUGGUACUUCCAGCCACACGGGGGGAGCCCAAACUGGAGCAACAGACCCCCGUUGUGCUGGAAUCAUCGGGACAAGACUUCAUAAGGAUGACGAGAAACUCUUUCAAAUGAGGAUGAUGAGGUCACUGCUGGCUGAAGAGGAAGAGGAGAAAGAGAGGGUGGAAGAGAGAGGGAGGAAAUCGGCCGCGAUGAUGAUGAUGAUGAUGUCGUCCACCUCAAGGAAAAGAGACAAAGCAAAGAAGAGGAGGAAGAGAAGGCCGGGCAGGCAACUGCUGAUGAUGUCAUCGAAAAAGGAGCCAUCUCCCUCUUCGUCGUCGUCGUCGUCGUCAUCAUCUUCAUCCUCAUCUGGAGAUGAACGAGACGGGGGGAAGGAGAGGACGAGGCAAACGAGCGAGAGGGUGAGGGUGACGUGCGAUCGAGACACCAGCGACUCCGAAAGCUCCUGCUCUCUGAUUGGUCAGAGCAAGUUCUCCCUCAGCAGAGCGCUGUCCACGGAGAGCCUGGGGGGGGGGCUGUCACUUCCAGACCUCCUGAUACAGGAGGAGGAGAGGAGCAGUGAGGGAGCAGAGAGGAGAAGAGAGGAGGUGAAGGAGGCUGGAGGACCCCCAGAUGCUGACGUGUUCGUCGGUGUUUCGGCGGACCAGAUGUGCGUCUCCAGUCGACCUCGAACCACAGAGGACCUGUUUGCUGUCAUCCACAGGUCAAAGAGGAAGAUGCUAGGAAGAAGGGAUUCAGAAGACGAGAGACGCCGUGUCUCGUCUUCGUCGUCCUCCUCGUCCUCCCCUUCAGUCUGCCCCACCGACCCCUCGCCCCGUCUGCAGCGGCCCGGAGCCUUCAGAAGUCAAAGAUCAGCGAGAAGCGAAAGCUUUAAGGCUCUCCUGCUCAGGAAGGGAACUCGGGCUGAUUCGUCUUCUCGAAUCUCUGCUGUCGAGCGGCUCCGCGUCGCUGCGUCUCCUACGACCACCGCCGACCUCCGCAGUGUGCUGCCACCGCCACCAGUCCAGCCCGAAGUCAACCCCGCAGGCUUGUCCCAAACCUCGGAUACAUGUGAUUUGAAUGUCCACCGUGCUCUGGACGCACCAGCGUCUCUCUGCGGUCAGAACUUCUCCAUGAUGUUCGGAUGGAGGCGACGGGAUCUGAUGCCUCAUCACCCCCUCCUCACCUCCUCCUCCUCUCCCUUCUUCUUCCUCUCCUCAUCCUCCUUGCGGCCUCGCUCGCUCACGCCUCCCUGCUCCUCCAGCCGACGCUUUGCCGCUCGCUGCCGCCUCUACGCCGCCCCCAUGACCGCCAUCUUUGAAGGAGAGAGCGAGGAGGAGGAAGACGACGGGGUUUUCAGCGAGUCUCCGGGAAUCGAAGGAGGACCGAGUCAGAGGCUGGUCGAGACUUCCUGAUGGACAGGCCAAGUGUAAAGACGCCGCUCGGGUUCAGCAGGAAGUAAACGGAAUGUGACGACGGACACGUCGCACCUGAAGCGUUUAAUCAAAUGUACUGAAGCACACUCUCUGUUAAAGGACGCGUCUCUCGUAGCAACACUGACGUGAAGCCUGAAAAACACGUGUGAUCUCCAAGAAAACAAACUUGUUGCGAUGACACAAUAAUUUGCUGGUGAUCAGAAAAGUAACACCUGCAGUUAAUGUACUUUCAGUUAAACUGCCGUAAUUAUGUUCUUAUGUUCUAAUUUUGUCUUUUGCUUGAUUUAGCGUUGUCUUUUUUCACUAUUUGCAAGGACAUAAAUUAAAUUUUUGUUUGACUUGUUAUAUUGUCUCACACUAGUAAGAGGCAUCUAAAUUCAAAACCAUCCAUGUUCUCUCUGACACAACACAACUUUUAACCGAAGAGGAUGUGGAAUUAUUUUCA